AUGGACAGCGAACCAAAUGGUUAUGCCAAGAAACCGCAGGUUUCCAGGCCCUCGUGGUUUCAGAUCGUUCUUCAUCAAGAUACUAUUACGCCCGAGAUCCGCUCGCAUCGUUACGAAGGGCAGGGUACCGAUGAGAACCCGUUCGUUGUCUCGUUCUUCGAUGGAGACCCUCGCGAUCCCCAGCAGUUUUCGGCAUGGGUUCGGUGGACCCUCUGCGUGGCUACUGGCCUCGUCACCUUCGCAGUGUCUUUCAGUUCGAGCUCUUUCUCAAGCGUCGUCACCGAAACCAGGGAAGAGUUUGGCGGGAGCACCGAGCUGGGAACCCUGGGAGUCAGUCUUUUCGUCAUCGGCUUCAUUCUAGGUCCGUUCGUCUGGGCACCAACCUCGGAACUCGUCGGUCGUCAAUACAUUUUUCUGAUCACCAAUCUUGUACAUACGGCGUUUAAUAUUGGUACCUGCUUUGCGCAGAACCAAGCGACAUUGCUCACUCUGCGAUUCUUCUCGGGUGCAUUCGGUGCCGCUCCACUCACUAACGCCGGCGGUGUUAUUGCUGACUGCUUCCUACCCGCCGAACGUGGCCUAGCAUUGACUGUUUUCGCACUUGUUCCCUUUAUGGGUCCCGUUCUGGGGCCUAUCGUGGGUGGCUUCGUCGCCCAGAGCAUUGGUUGGAGGUGGGUGAUAGGCAUCAUCACAAUUCUUACCGGUGCUGGCUUGAUUGUGUGCACCCUAACACUCCCCGAGACAUAUGCGCCGAUAAUACUUCGAUACAGGGCCAAUAGGCUUUCCAAAGAGACCGGAAAGGUAUAUGUUUCGGCCAUGGAUAUGAGCAAGGGUGGCAAGGUCCUGAACACUUCAAUCCUCACGAUGAUCUCUCGUCCAUGGUUGCUACUCAUCUUCGAGCCUAUUAUCUUAUGUCUCUCCCUCUAUCAAGCGGUGGUGUUUGGAACUCUCUAUCUUACCUUUGCCGCGUUCCCGAUCGUCUAUGCGAAUACCCGACACUGGUCACAAGGUAUAAGUGGGCUUCCUUUUCUCGGCCUGCUGGUUGGCGCCGUCGUUGCUAUCCUAUACAUCCUUUGGGACAACCGGCGCUACAUCAGGAAGCUAGAAGCAAGCCCCGAUAGAUUUCUUCCACCUGAGUUCCGCCUUAUUGCCUGCAUGCCUGGUGCCGUCGCUGUCCCCGUCGGCCUCUUCUGGUUUGCUUGGACGAAUGGCCCAGAGAUCCAUUGGAUCGUCAGCAUAAUCGCCACGACCUUCUUCGGAUUUGGUAUUGCCGUCAUCAGCCUCGGAAUAUUCAACUACAUCGUAGAUGCGUACACGAUAUUUGCGGCGUCAGCAUUGGCAGGCGCGGUGGUCUUGCGAUCUCUUUUUGCGGCAGUGUUUCCACUCUUCACGCCAGUGAUGUACCAGAACUUGGGUAUUCACUGGGCCUCUUCGGUCCCUGCAUUCCUUUCUCUAGCACUUACGCCAUUCCCCUUCAUCUUCUUCCGGUACGGUGCAGUUAUCCGCAGCAAAUGCAGAUACGCCGCCCAAGCGGCCGACUAUCUAAAGCAGGCAAGGAAGCCCGCAGCUGAGAUGAGUAUCAUUCAAGAAUCUACACGUUAA